AUGAUGCUUCAUAAAGUGAGCAUGAGACUGUGCAGAUUGUGUGGUAAGGAAAAACAGCAGGGAACCGACGUUUUCAAGGAUAAAAUUAAAGGAGCCGUGCUUAUCUCUAUUAUAAAUAAAUAUUUUUCGAAAGAGGUUAUUAUUAUAUCAUCAACAGAUGGCUUCUCAAAGUUCGUGUGUUUUGAAUGCGAACAGAAAAUAUGUAUGUUUGAUGAAUUUUGUCUUAUGGUAGCUAAUGUACAAAAGCAGCUGACUGCUCCUUCUUUGGAAAUCGAUUUUGCUGAGGAUAUGCUGUGCCAUUUGAAAGAAAAUGACCUAAUAAAAAAAACGGACUUAUCAGUACCACAAAAACGAAAAUAUGGUUGCCACAUAUGUUCGAAAACAUUUCGAUGUCCAGCACAUGUAAUAAGGCACAAACGUAUCCACACGGGUCUGCGACCUUUUGUUUGCGAUUAUCUGCAUUUUCAGAUAUGCAGAAUGUCCUUUAACCAGCAAGAAAUCUUGACAAAGCACAAAGAAAGUCAUGCAGGCAAAAGACAGUAUCAAUGUGCUAAUUGCCAUCAAUCAUUUCGCUAUAAAGUAUCAUUAAAAUCUCAUUUAAUAAAUUUUCACACAGAUGCAGACAGAACAGCAAUGAAUAGUCAAGCCUUACUAGUGCAUAGCCGUUCACUUAUCUGUUCUGAGUGUGGAAAGUUAUUUGCCACAAAAUAUAAAUUACAAAGACAUGCAAGGUGUCAUACAGGUGAAAGGCCUUUUCGUUGUAACCUUUGUGAUCGAACAUUUUCACAAACAAGCAAUUUGAAGUUGCACCAGGUCAAGUGUCAGCAGAUUAUUUGCUCUAUGAAUGAACAAAGAGAACAUACAGCUCAUCCUCUUGUGAGACAGCAUGAGAGAGAGGUCGCUGCGACUGGAUCAUUAAACAAUUUUCAAUCAAUGUACAUAACUGAAAGUGAAAUACAAAAAACCAUAAAUGAAACAAUAAAUUCAAGCGAUCCUGGUUCUUCAUACUUAAAUAAACCAUACGAGAAUCCCAUCUAUAUUGAUGACGAAAUUGAGACAAUGUUGGAUCAGGAUUUAAGUCAAUUAGAACGUAAUAAGUAUCAGAGCGCUACACAGGAAAAAGUCUCAUUGUGUCUAAAACAACCGGAAACACCGGAACUUUUACACAGUUUAUUGUAUGAUGAUUAGACACGUUAGUUAAGCAGUAAUGAAUUAUAUUAAUCAUAAACCAUAUUAGACUUAAUCACUGCUCUACUGUUUAGAUGUAAGUUAAAUCUCCAUAAAUAAAUGAAUUAUCUUCAACAAGCA